UAGAAUCCUACUUCUACUGGGAAAGGCCCAGAUCCUUCUAGAACCCCGGCCUCGAUUGGUCGGGUAGAAAAUGCAAUUCAAUUUUCUCUUUGCUACAAGUCUAUAGACCACAUACCCUUGACCUUUCCCCGCAAGAAAUCAUCAAUUGUCUCGCAUUCGCUCAAUUAAUCAGAAAAAUAAUUCAGUCGAAGGAUCGAAAUUGAGAUCGAUCGUUGAUCGAGGAAGAAAGAGAAAGGGAGAAUUUUUGUUUUUUCUGAUUUUGAGAAAUGGAUUUCGAGCUGAGAAGAGCAAGAGAAAAGCUGGAGAAAGAGCAGAGAGAUAGGAAAGAGAGAGCCAAAUUGAAGUUGGAAAGAGAGAGAAAGGCGAAGCAGGAAGCCCUUCGCCAGCGGCAAGCUGUGGAGGAGGCUCAGCGACAGCGCCGGCUUGACGCCGCCGAGGCUGAGGCCAAGGCAAAUCAGCUAACAGAGGAAAACCUACUCGCUGCCCGAGGCAUCAACUUCUCUCGAAUUCUCGAAGCUGUACCCUACCAAGGCAGUGGUGACAAAAUCAAGCUGCCUCCAUCUUGCUUCACCGAGCUUUCCGAACAAGGAGCUUUCGACAAGGGUCCCCUUCAUUUCUCCUUGUCCUUACUUCAUCAAGAGACCCCACUUUACCCCGAGCCCGCUUCAAAAGAAAUCCGAACUACACAUGCAGGCGUGCUCGAGUUCACUGCUGACGAGGGCCUCGUGGCCUUACCCUCCCACUGCUGGAGCAAUUUAUUCUCCGCAGGCCCUCCACAUUCCGCUACUGUGGAGGUGCGAUACGUUUGGCUUCCAAAGGGGACUUACGCAAAGCUUCAGCCGGUCAAGCCUGGAUUUUCGGAUCUCCCAAACCACAAGGCUGUCCUUGAGACGAGCCUUCGCCAGCACGCGACUCUUUCUGAAGGUGACUUGCUGUCUGUGGGCCAUGGUGGUACCUUGACGUACAACCUGCGUGUGCUCGAGCUGAGGCCUUCACCGAGUGUGUCUGUUUUGGAAACUGAUAUCGAAGUCGAUAUUAUCGAACCGGAAUCUUCCGAGAGAGGCGAUCAAGAUCAGCACGUGCUGAGGCCUCUCGUCUUGGGAAAGUCCGAGUUUGGAGAAAUCGAUGAAGGUAACUAUUUCUACUAUAAAUUCUCGGUAGAUGAGGGCACUUGGAACAAAAUUUCGUCUGGGGAGAUUAAAUUUGUGAUUAAAAUCGAGCCACAGACAGUAGAUGGAGAUAUUGACCUUUAUGUUUCGAAGCAUCCUCUUUUAUUCCCUACUUCGCACCAACACGUUUGGUCAUCUCAUGACGUGGGCCCGAAGGAAUUGGUUCUCGGAGCAGAGGAUCGGAAUUUCGGGCCGGGAAGUUACAGUAUUGGUGUGUAUGGGUUUAAAGGGACUUCAAAAUACGUGUUGUCUGUAUCUGUUCUUGAUGUUUCUAAUCAAAAGCAAGGCCAGCUGGCGACAACAUCAUCAUCGUCGGUUGCUGAUGUGGAUACUAUCGAAUGCCGAAAUUGUAAACAUUAUGUGCCGUCAAGGAGUAUUGCCCUUCACGAGGCCUACUGUAGUAGGCAUAAUGUAGUUUGUCAGCAUGAAGGUUGUGGGGUGGUUCUUAGAGUUGAGGAGCGUGAAAGGCACGUGCACUGUGGAAAAUGUGGUAAGGCGUUCCAAAAGGAGGAGAUUGGGAAGCAUGUGAAAGUUUUCCACGAGCCACUCCAUUGCCCUUGUGGGGUAGUUCUCGAAAAAGAGGAGAUGGUGCAACACCAGUCCUCAGAUUGCCCAUUGAGGCUAAUCACAUGCCAAUUUUGUGGAGAUAUGGUUGAGGCCGGGACUUGUGCUAUAGAUGCCCGAGACCGCAUGAGAGGAUUAUCCGAACACGAGAGUUUAUGCGGGUCGAGAACUGCGCCAUGCGAUUCUUGUGGCCGUUCGGUGAUGUUGAAGGAUAUGGACAUACACCGAAUUGCGGUCCAUCAGAACAACUAAUCUCUUUUGAUUAAUGUUCAAAAUUUGUUCUUUCCGGGUUUGUGCUGUGUGUCAGCUGGGAGCUUGUAAGCUCGCUCGCAUUUUUACGGUCUCAAUGAUGAAAUUAUUUCUAAUGUGCUGCCUAAAACUUGCACCUUGUUGUAUACCUGUGUUUAAAGAACUUGUCAGCCAUUAUGUUGUGGGGGUAAGAGUGUGAUUGGAUAUGAAUUUGAUUUAGUUUUGAUUUGUUUAUUUGUUCAUCAUAGUUAAUUUUGAAAAAUGUGGUAUGGUUAGUCGUU